AUGCUGCUUCACCGAGUGUUGUAUGUUGUGGCUUUGCUUUUGAGCAUUAUCUCUCUAUGUGUGGCGGCUGAUACUCACAGAGAGUCUUUACCUAAAGUUGCUGAAGGUGGUUGCAGUCCUGAAGCCGGUGAAUCUGAAACGCCUACGUGUACUGGAAUUGCUAAAGGUGAAACAGGCGAACAAGGUCCUUCUGGUCCUCCUGGUCCUGAGGGUAUAAAAGGUGAAGCCGCCGCUUCUGGUCUUCAGGGUCCUGGUGCUGUUUCCGCUCAUGGUACUGCGACCGACAUUGAAGGUGAUGGUCUCACUAGGGACAUCAAUAGAGCUGAUUCGAAUCACGUAGAAGGUAAGGACAGUAAAAAUAGAUUGGAUGAGCAUUCAGAAGUACAUCAAAAUGAUAAUCAUCGGAAUAGUGCAGUAAUAAUGGAUCCACAAAAACAAAAACCCGACGCAGAACUCACUCAUUCACCUCCCAAAACACAAAAUGAGGAAACUGCUCUCUCACAGAGCAAAACUCCGACAUUGCAGGAAACCAUAUCUGGAGAUCCUGUAGUAUCUCCAUCGGAGGCAAACAAUACUAACCGCGAUACUGCAGAGAGUGUAAAUACAGCUAACCAGAAUGAUCCAGCAACAGAAUCCUCUUCUUCAACAGCGUCUGCGCAACCUCCUGCCACAUCUUCAACACAGGAAACAGUGGGAACGAAACCUUCGGAAGCUGCAGAUGUUGUGAAUGACAGUACACCUCCAGGGAGGGAGCCAUCAAGUAACCCAACUAAUGAGGAAUCAACCACCACCACCACCACAACAACAACACUUCCUCCUAAACUCACAAACAACAAGAAGGGUGAUGCAGACAGCAGCAGCAGUAUCAGCAGUUCUGUGUGGGUGCGUGUACCACUACUGAUUGUGGUUACACUGGCCUGUAUUCUUGUGUACUGA